AUGCCAUCUCGCAAGGAAGCUGAGAGCGAAGUGAGGUCGUGGGGCUUCAACCACGUCUUCACAUGGUCUGGUAGAAGAAAUGCCUACUACUCUCCUCACCGACAUGCCGGGCUCACGACCCAUUUGAUCCUCGAUGGCGAGUUGACGAUCACAUACCCUGAUGAUGCGAAGCCAACGAAAGAAACAUUUGGUCCAGGGGCGCGAGUAGACGUCGAUGCAAACAGAAAGCACGAAGUGUGGAUGGGCAAGGAGGGCUGUACUUAUGUGAUUGGAGAAUAG